GGAAACGGGAAUGAUCGUGCAAUGAUAAGAAGGGCAAGUAAAAAGUGGCCCAUGAAGGUGAAUGGCCGGCGACUAGAAGAGGGUUGGGAAGAGUUUGUAAAGGAUCACAAUUUACAAUUGGGAGAUAUUUUAGUAUUCAAACAUGAAGGAGACAUGGAAUUUGAGGUCACCGUCUUUGAUUCAAGUUACUGUGAGAGAGAAUAUGAACAAGGAAUUCGUGAAAGCGAAGAAGAAAAAGCUUGUAUUGUUGAAGAGUCUUCCAAGAAAUUGGAAUUCAAAGAAAAACCAAAGCCCAUAAUCAAGACAUCAGGCAAGGCUUUCUCCAGUGUAGCAGCUGCUUAUAAGGAUAUGCAUCUCAGUCACUCUCAUUUCAUUUGUACUAUUAGAGCUUAUUGCCUUUCAAAGUAUUGUCUGUGUAUUCCAAAGCAAUUCGCACAAGAAAACAGACUCAACAACAGGAAAUGUAUGAUAAUUAUGAGGGACGAGCAAAGGUCAUGGACGUUUAGUGUGUAUACAAACGGCAAAAACACCUACAUUGGAAGUGGAUGGCGUGAAUUCUGCAUUACGAAUUGCUUAAAGGAAGGAGAUCGCUUAAUGGUUGAGAUAGUUUCCAAUGGAGAAACACCUAUAUUCAGAAUUCAUGGCAAGUUUGUCAUCUAAGCCCUUGUCUUAAAAUUUCAUCCUGUUUUCUACUGUUUAAUUAAUAUGUACUACUUUAAAUUUAUGGCGAGUGACUUUAUAGUUACAUGGAUCCUAUCUACCUAGUUCUUAACUUUUGUAUAUUCACGAUUUCUGUGGUUUGAAUCAUAAUUACUGGACACACAUUAGAAUCAAUAUCCAAAUUGCACAUAACAAUUUGAGGUGGUGAUGUAUAAGAUAGAUUUGCAACACAAAAAGUAGCACCCACAUUACCUCUUUCUGCUUUGGAUAGUCAUACUCAUCUAUCAUCUUUUUGUGUGUGCUUCAUCUACUCUUACUUUGUCUUUGUCGAUGCUCCUCCGAAUUUUUGGGUCCACGCAUGUUCUGUUAACUGACCUUGAUUGAUAUUCUUUUCAACGUAGAUCUGCGUUUGCCUUUUUUUAGCGCUGAUCAAUUCCAUUUUGUUGCCCUGGUUGUAGCAUUAUCCUCUGCUUAUUUGGCAUAGCAUUCUGCUGUUAAUCUUACAUAUUUCUCGAGUUUUUAUGAAGUCUUACAAAUUCCGAAUUCCCGUGGUUCAUCUGACGACAAAGUCUUACACUGUGGGGACUUUUCAUUUUGAAGAGUGUGUAGAGGAAGUAUUUUGCUUGGUAACAGUGGACGAGCAAAUAGUACCUCAGCUUUUUUUCUUUAGAAAAUUACAUUUACUUUGAAAAGCUUUUGAGUGUGGUAGAAAUCCCUUUGAGCUACCUGGUUACAACAAUAUACCCAGUGAAAUCCCGCGAAGUGGGGUUUGGGGAGGGUAGAGCGUACGCAGACCUUACCCCUGCCUUGGGAGGUAAAGAGGCUGUUUCCGGUAGACCCUCGGCACCAGAAAGCUACUCUGGUUAGCUCUUCAAAAUAA